UCUCUCCCUUCCCCCUCCUGGCCUCGCCUGCGUCCCCAGUCCCUAAACCCUAGCGAUUCAGUCUCAAUUGGAGCUAACUGAGAAGGCAACAGCGGGAUCGCGGUGUACGGAGACCCAAAACUCCCAUGUUUUUUCUCCUUCGGCACUGCUCCUACCCGAAACAAUGGAGGCAGAUGGAGGAAGGUAAAUUCAUGUCUUCCUUUUCGCGCGAAUCGCCCGUUCCGAAUUUACUAAAUCCGCCGAUUCACAGCCCUAUUGCGACCGCCUCCACCCGCAUCGUCAAGGUCUAUCGCGGGUACGCGCCGCCAAACUUCUGACGCCUGACGCUCGACACAGAGUGGCUGAGCUUGGUUUUAGGCGGAGGAGGUGAACGUCACCGUGAGUGUAUGUGUUAUGACAUUGAACGGAGACCGGGAAACCGCAGGCUAGUUUGGCGAGCGCUUGGCGUGACGAGGUCGACGCCGAACGGGGAACGGGAGGCCAGAUGCCGAAUGGUUGAGCGGAGUGCCGCCUGGUCGGCGUCGAAGGUUUGAAGGCUCAGAUUCAUGAUUUAGCACCUUUGAACAGCCGAAUUGCCAGUUACUUCUAGGUGAUGGCGAUCAGAUGUUUUUUAAGUGUUACAGGCAUGAGUAAUGGAAUCGCAAAAGGCCUUCCAAGUCAGUUUCCUUUCACAACUGAAGUUGUUGAUGCAUUAUUAGGAUGCCAUUUCAACUCCUCACAAAGGAGAUUGAUGAGCAAAAGCAGGAGGGUUCAGGACAGAAGUAAGAAUAAAAGGAUUCAUGACCUAGAAAUUGCUACAGAAAGGUGGAAGGUAGCAUCAAAGAUUUUGUUUAUUAUGGAUGUAAUAAAGAAAGAACCGGAACAAAUCAUUCCUUUGAAGAACUUAGAACAAUUCAGACAACAGAUAAAUCUUAGCAAACCUCAUAGGGUUUGUGAUUUUGUUCGAAAAUCUCCAAAACUCUUUGACUUAUAUAAGGAUUAUAGGGGAGUUGUGUGGUGUGGAUUUGCAAAGCAAUUGGAAAACCUUGUUGAAGAAGAAGGUCGGCUCAUUGAAGAGAACACGGAGACAGCAGUCGAGCACAUUACGAGACUGUUGAUGAUGUCUUUGGAAAAAAGGCUUCUUUUAGAUAAAAUUGCUCAUUUUAGAAGAGAUUUUGGAUUUCCUUUUGAUUUUCGAAAAAAUUGGAUUCAUAUGUUCCCUGAACAUUUCAAAGUUGUAAAAAUUGAUGGUUUAGAGUAUUUAGAAUUGAAUUCGUGGAAUCCUUCUUGGGCAAUUACAGAGCUCGAAAAGAAGGCCUUGCCAGAAAACUUGUCUGUGUUGCCAUCACCAGGAAUUCUUUGCCUUCCUUUCCCAAUGAAAUUCCCUCCCAAUUUUAAGAAGGUUUUUAGAAUUGGAGGAAAAAUUGAGCAUUUUCAGAAAAGACCAUACCUUUCUCCAUAUUCUGAUCCCAAUGGCCUUAUUCCUGGGUCACAAGAAUUUAAUAAAAGGGCAGUUGCAGUAAUGCAUGAGAUUUUGAGCUUCACCAUUGAGAAAAGACUUGUAACCGAUCACCUCACACAUUUCAGGUGGGAAUUUGUGAUGCCCCAAAAAUUGAUGAGGCUUCUCUUGAAGCACUUUGGGAUCUUUUACGUUUCUGAAAGGGGGAAAAGGUUCAGCGUAUUUUUGACCGAAGCUUACGAAGGUUCGCAGUUGAUCCGGCAAUCUCCUCUUGCUCUUUGGAAAGAAAAGAUUGUGAGUCUGACUGGAUACAGAGGGAGGAAGAGGGGAGUGAAAAAUUUUGAUGAAUCUCUUGAUUAUGAUGAAGGUGAUUUGUUUGAUGGGGAACUUGAUGAUCAAGACACCUUUUCUAAUUUUGAAGAUGAGGAAAGCUUAGAUACCAUCAAGGAGCCUGGUCUUGUGGAUGAUUCUGAGAUGGAUGUGAGAGAUUUGUAUGAUACAUAUGGGGUCUCCUAAUCUAUUUUAGAUUGGUGGUCCUUGUUUGUUACUCUUUUUCUCUUUGAUUAUUAAAUAUCCUGUUUUGG